GAAGGAGGCACCUGGAAAAGGGGGGGGGGGGACAGGAGCUGAGGGCAUCUGAGCUAGGGCACAGGAGAACGGGGAGCAAGAGCUGGGGCAUACGAGGCUCCUGGAGCUGGGGCAGGGUGCAGCAGUCGCAGCUGGGGCGCAGGGAGGCAGCAGCCCCUGAGAGGAGCUGGCGGAGGGGAUUGCUGCUCCUAGCCUGACUGGCAAGCAGAGAGAGGGUGCGUUCUGUAUUGUUGUGCUUCACCUCUGACUAUGCAAUUCUGAGACACCCCUGGGGCAAGAGGCAGCAGGACCGAAUUCCCCCGAAGCUCCCAUCCCCUAGAGAAGCAAAGAGCCCCCAAACUACUUUCACCAUUAAGAGGAAAGCGAUGGAGGAGCUGAGCGCUGAUGAGAUCCGUCGAAGGCGCCUUGCUCGGCUUGCAGGUGGACCAUCUUCCCAGCCCAGCACCCCCCUUACCUCUCCACAAAGAGAGAACCCACCUGGACCACCUGUAGUAGUGCCAGCCCCAGGUCCAUCCCACAAUUUUGGCCUGAAUGUCCAUAGUAUGACCCCAGCUACCUCUCCAAUUGGCGCAUCAGGAGUAGCCCACCGAAGCCAGAGCAGUGAAGGAGUGAGUUCGCUCAGCAGUUCCCCGUCUAACAGCCUUGAAACACAAUCUCAGUCUCUCUCCCGGUCCCAGAGCAUGGAUAUUGAUAGUGUCUCCUGUGAGAAAAGUAUGUCCCAGGUGGAUGUAGAUUCAGGAAUAGAGAACAUGGAGGUCGAUGAGAGUGAUCGCAGAGAGAAAAGGAGCCUGACUGAUAAGGAGCCUCCAUCAGGAUCUGAAGUAUCCGAGGAGCAGGCCUUACAGCUGGUCUGUAAGAUCUUCAGAGUAUCCUGGAAGGACCGAGACAGAGACGUCAUCUUCCUCACUUCGCUCUCUGAGCAAUUUAAGCAGAACCCAAAAGAAGUGUUCUCAGAUUUUAAGGACUUGAUUGGCCAGAUUUUAAUGGAAGUUCUGAUGAUGUCCACCCAGUCGAGGGACGAAAACCCAUUUGCCAGCCUGACAGCCACAUCCCAGCCAAUUGCAGCAGCUGCCCGGUCACCUGACAGAAAUCUGAUUCUAAACGCUGGCUCCAACCCAGGAACAAGUCCUAUAUUCUGUAAUGUGGGCUCCUUUGGUUCCAGCUCUUUAUCCAGUCUCUAUGGGACUAGUCCAGCUCCUAGUAACAAUUUCUCAAGCCAUGUGCCAAUGACUGGUUCAUCUGUUACCCCACCAGCCAAUUCUCUUGCCAUCACAUCUGUGCCUUCCAUUUCUGUCAGCCCUCAUCUCACAACAGCAAGUCCUUCUGGAGUCCAGCCCUCCUCUCCAAGGUACCACCCAUAUACCAUCACCCACCCCUGGGGCUUUUCAGCUUCUCAUAUCCCACGCUCCUUGAAUAUCUCCAUCCCAGCUAGCUCACCAAGUCCUCCAGUCAUGGCUACCAGUCCUCAAGUUGUGCCAGUCAGCUCGUCCAGACAGCGGCCCACAACAGUGGGCCCACCUUUGUCCACUGCUUUGCCCGGUACCUUGAGCAGGCGUUCUUCUUUCCUAAACAGGAUUCCUUCUAGUAUAUACGACAACCCUUUCUCCCUCCUCUUCCUUGCCGUUUCUGAUGUGUCUGGGGACAGUAGUGAUGAAGAAAACGAAGAUGGUGAUUUUUCUUGUGUCCAGUUUGGGUCCAGUGUGGGAGGCUCUGCUGGAGCAAGUGCUUGUGAUUCCUGCAGUGACCAUUUCAGCAUUGAAACUUGUAAGGAGACAGAGAUGCUGAACUACCUCAUUGAGUGUUUUGACAGAGUUGGAAUAGAGGAGAGAAAAGCACCAAAGAUGUGUAGCCAGCCAGCGGUUAGCCAGUUACUGAGCAACAUCCGAUCACAGUGCAUUUCCCAUGCUGCUUUGGUGCUACAGGGAUCUUUAACACAACCAAGGUCUUUGCAGCAGCAGUCUCUGUUGGUACCAUACAUGCUGUGUAGGAAUCUUCCAUUUGGCUUCAUCCAAGAAUUGGUGAGAACAACUCACCAGGAUGAAGAGAUGUUUAAACAGAUCUUUAUCCCUAUCUUACAAGGCCUGGCUCUUGCUUCCAAAGAGUGCUCCCUUGAUAGUGACAAUUUUAAAUAUCCCCUUAUGGCAUUAGGUGAAUUGUGUGAAAUCAAGUUUGGGAAAACACACCCUAUAUGCAGUUUGGUCGUUUCUUUGCCCUUGUGGUUGCCUAAACCUGUAAGCCCAGGUGCAGGACGAGAGUUGCAAAGACUCUCUUACCUUGGAGCUUUCUUCAGUCUCUCUGUCUUUGCUGAAGAUGAUACUAAAGUAGUUGAAAAAUAUUUCUCAGGGCCUGCCAUUACUCUUGAAAACACGCGGGUUGUUAGCCAGUCGUUGCAGCAUUACCUGGAAUCUGCAAGGCAAGAGCUGUUUAAAAUUCUACAUAGUAUUUUGCUGAAUGGUGAAACUCGAGAGGCAGCUCUCAGUUACAUGGCAGCUGUUGUUGAUGCCAACAUGAAGAAGGCACAGAUGCAGACUGAUGAUCGGAUGGUGUCUACGGACGGUUUUAUGCUCAACUUCCUCUGGGUGCUGCAGCAGCUUAGCACGAAGAUAAAGCUAGAAACGGUUGAUCCCACCUAUAUAUUCCAUCCCAGGUGUCGCAUCACCGUCCCAAUGGAUGAGACAAGAGUGAAAGCAACAAUGGAGGAUGUUACAGGCUGGAUGGCUGAGCUUUACAGGGAUCAGUCUCCAUGUUCUGAACCGAAAUUCCCAACGGAAUGCUUCUUCCUAACCCUGCAUGCCCAUCACCUCUCCAUCCUGCCAAGCUGCCGCCGCUACAUCCGUAGACUGCGGGCCAUCAGGGAGCUCAACAGGACUGUGGAAGAUCUGAAAAACAAUGAAAGUCAAUGGAAAGAGUCUCCUCUAGCUACCAGACAUCGAGAAAUGCUGAAACGCUGUAAAACACAACUUAAGAAACUGGUGCGGUGCAAGGCGUGUGCAGAUGCUGGCUUGCUAGAUGAGAACUUUCUGAGGCGGUGUCUGAAUUUUUAUGGUAUGGUGAUUCAGCUGUUGCUUCGAAUCCUCGACCCUGCCUACCCCAACAUAAUACUGCCUUUAAAUCCUGAUGUCCCGAAGAUGUUUGCAGCAAUGCCCGAGUUUUAUGUGGAAGAUGUUGCUGAAUUUUUAUUUUUUAUUGUACAAUAUUCUCCUCAGGUGCUAUAUGAGCCCUGCACUCAGGACAUUGUGAUGUUCCUUGUUGUGAUGCUGUGCAACCAGAACUACAUCCGAAACCCGUAUCUGGUAGCAAAGCUGGUGGAGGUGAUGUUCAUGACAAACCCAGCUGUUCAGCCACGGACACAGAAGUUCUUUGAAAUGAUUGAGAAUCAUCCUCUCUCCACUAAAUUGUUAGUCCCCUCGCUGAUGAAGUUUUAUACAGAUGUUGAGCACACUGGAGCCACCAGCGAGUUCUAUGACAAAUUUACAAUCCGCUACCAUAUCAGCACCAUUUUCAAAAGCCUUUGGCAGAACAUAGCUCAUCACGGCACCUUCAUGGAAGAGUUCAACUCUGGGAAGCAGUUUGUUCGCUAUAUCAACAUGCUGAUAAAUGACACAACUUUCUUGCUGGACGAGAGUCUGGAGUCCCUAAAACGGAUCCAUGAAGUUCAAGAGGAGAUGAAGAAUAAAGAACAGUGGGACCUGCUGCCUAGGGACCAGCAACAGGCUCGGCAGUCUCAGCUUGCUCAGGAUGAGCGUGUGUCUCGCUCGUAUCUUGCCCUGGCAACAGAAACUGUUGAUAUGUUCCAUAUCCUUACCAAGCAGGUUCAGAAGCCUUUCCUCAGACCUGAACUUGGACCACGAUUGGCUGCUAUGCUGAACUUUAACCUUCAGCAAUUGUGUGGCCCCAAGUGCCGUGACCUGAAAGUUGAAAACCCUGAAAAAUAUGGGUUUGAACCAAAGAAGCUGUUGGACCAACUGACUGAUAUUUACCUGCAGUUAGAUUGUGCUCGCUUUGCUAAAGCAAUUGCUGACGACCAGAGGUCCUACAGCAAAGAGCUAUUUGAGGAGGUUAUUUCAAAGAUGAGGAAGGCUGGAAUCAAGUCCACGAUAGCAAUAGAAAAAUUCAAACUGCUGGCAGAGAAAGUGGAGGAAAUUGUUGCCAAGAAUGCCCGUGCAGAAAUCGAUUAUAGUGAUGCUCCAGAUGAAUUCAGAGAUCCACUCAUGGACACUCUUAUGACCGACCCUGUGAGGCUGCCAUCUGGAACGAUUAUGGACAGAUCAAUCAUCCUACGACACCUGCUGAACUCCUCCACUGACCCCUUCAAUCGGCAGACACUGACAGAAAAUAUGCUAGAACCAGUGCCAGAACUGAAAGAGCAAAUCCAAGCUUGGAUGAGAGACAAGCAGAACACUGACCAUUAAAAACUCCCUUGCAGUGCACGCCAAGGCCAAUGAGAAGAGCAGGGCAUGGAUUGAUGUAGUGAUGAUGGUGCAUAUAAUCCAUUGGAAGCUGAAGACGGAAUUAAGGUUCAGGGUGCCCACCACCACUGACUUGUAGUAAUGACCAGAAGCAUGUGGACGAGAAGAAAAGCAGCUUAAUUCUUGUACAUAUAUUUAAGUGAUAACAAUGGUCAAUAGUGUGGAGGACAAAUUAGGAAGUUUCUAAUGUUACAAAACAAAGUCCUUCAAUAUGUCACAAUUUGGGGGUUUUACAGCUGAAUUAUUUUAGCAAAAAUGAAUGGAUCAGGGCAGCAUCCCUUCAACUUUAUUUUUUACAGCCAGAUAUUCAUUAAUUUGAUUGUGGUUAGAACCUUGGACACUUUGCUGCUAAAAUAACAUUUUUUUCCCUUUCUCC